AUGUAUAACUUCUUCGCCAGCGUCAAUGCGCCUUCGACUCCACCGCAGAAGCAGCCGCAAGUCGAGCCAUCACUGCCGCCCUCUGCCUGUCAUCACCACGUAGCCGCAAGCUCCCUCCUCGAUGGCAUGACGGCACACAACGCAUCCCUGUGGCUUCUCAACGCCUCACAGCAGCGUUCGCUCUCGUACGCACACAGCGGUGGUGGCGGCGACAACUUAGCAGGAGCAGAACAGGAGAAACGGACGGCUGCUUCUCAAUUUUACAGCACCUUUCCAACGGCUGCUGCCCCGCCCCCCAGCAGCGGUGUGCAAAGCCUCCACGGCGUCGGUCAGCAGCCAGCGCAGCAGCCACACAAGCACCUAUGCACCUCUAUCCUGCAAUCAUACGAACACGUGGGAAACAGCGCCACACCCGCUCCGGGUUUGUCAUCGUCAUUGCCGCUGCAGGAACAUCAGUCGUCGACUUGGGUCACGCUCAGGGGGGGGUCCCUUCGCAUGCAGCUCGACGGCGUCCCCUACUCGCCCUUCGCGUCGACUAAUGCAAGCGCAGCUUCGCAGCCGCCUGACGCUGCGCACGGUAACGAACAGUACUAUGACAGCACGAGUCAUCACAGAGGUUACAGCGCAUCCAGUGCGAGUAGUAUACGGCACACUCUGCAGGUGCCUGCGUCGCCGCAGCAGCAGCACCAACAGCAGCGACUACCGAUCUCCAGCAGUGUGUGGACCGCUGCUACCCCUGCCACUGCUAUGCCGGCCUCGCUCUUUGCGUCCUCCUCCAUCCGACCCUUGACAAACACCACCUACCCUGGGUACUCCUGUGAUUGGAGUGGCAAUGCCCUGCCGACGCUGCCGGCUGCCGUCCCAGCGCCAUAUGUCAGUGGAGCGGCGCUACCCGUGUCUAGCCGGUCGCAGACAACCUACUCUGUCAUGCCGCAACCUCCGCAAAGUGGGCAGCCUUGUUCACCCACCGCGCACCCUGCUACGCACUCGAUCAUGAUCCUCCACCCGACCCUGGACAGGGGCACAGCGGCAAUUUUGCAGGCAUCCGCAGACGCGGUGAACACGCCGCUGCACUGCUUGACGGACGUCAAAGCGUCUGAGAUUUCCGGUACGACGCAUUACCUUGAAGUCGUGCAAGGCGGCGGCAGCGUUGGCGACAACUCGAAGCAUUCCUACCCGUCAUCGAUCCCCAUCGCGUCGCGCCAGCCACAGCCGCCGCUUCAGCAGUACUACCUGCAGCCGACUCCACAGCAGCAUCAGCAAGGGCAGCAGUUGGCCGCGGAGCAGCCGCCAGUGCACUCCUGCUUCCUCACGAACGACGGGAACAUGAGCCAUUUUGUCAACCACACCACGGCGGCUGGCGCAAUCAUCCAGCCACCGUCUUCGAUGCUGAGCGACAUCGCGUCCUUGGCCUCGCUCAGCUCGCGUACCGCUGGUGCUGGGCGAAGCGGAGCAUGGCAACAGCCAUCCACCGCGGAUAUGGGCAGCUACAAAGACCAGAGCAGUAAGCUCCAGCUCCAGCAGCAGCAGCAGCAGCAGCAACAGCAACGACGCCCGGUCAGCGCUGCACGACAGGUUACCUACACGCGUGGAAUUCCUCGCCGCAACCGCGACAGGGCUGUUCUCUUCGUGGGGCAGCUCAACUAUGAGGCGACGGAGGCAGAUGUGUCGCAGGUGUUCUCUUGCUACGGCAAGCCGCUGAGUGUGGUGGUGCUGAAAGACAAGGGCAAGGCUACGAAAAAAGGUGGCGCUGGCGGUAUCACUGGCGGCAGUGCAGCAACGCACCGAAAAGUCGGUGGCUCGGCAUUUGUCACAUACGGGACCACGCUCGAGGCCGACACAGCCAUCAUGGCGCUUCACGGUAGGUACAAUGCCAAGGGCGAUGACGUCGAGAACGUCGACAAUUCCAAGUAUCUGCAGGUAAGCUACGGCCAGCAAACGGGGCUGAUCUCAGCAUUUGGCAUGAUGCACGCCGAAAAACUGCACGCCUCGAAGCCGGAGAACCCCAUUCCGUUGUUGGUGAAGGACCGCACAAACGGAAAGUUGUGA